CACGGGCUUUGUGACUCCUGGCUGCCGGCGGGAGGCGCGCACGCAGGUGGAGGCGGCCCAGCGCUGGGUGAUGGGAUGCCCUGGCUGGGCGCACCCCUCUCCUGCUGACGGCACCGAGUGGUCAGGACGGGCAGCAGGGGCGCCCCUCACCCCCUGAACAGACAGUCCUGGGGACGGAGGGAUUGGGAAACUUGUUCAGGCACAGAGCUGGCUGUGGCGGCGCUGACAUCGCUGAACCCAGGUCUUCGUUCCUGACUCAGAGAUUCAUUUCCUGGGAAUCCUUCAUCCACCCUCCCACACACCCAUUCAUCCCUCCCGCUCGCCUGCCCCGUGGCGGGAGGCCAGGUGCCACAGAGAAAUGCCAUUUGGUAGCCGCCAAGUUUGAAGACCCUGAGUGAACAAGCUGUUCUCCAGUCAAGAGGAACAGAGGAAGCCAGGAUCUAUGGCGCCCGUGGCAGUCUUUCAGGCAGCAUUCCUCUUGGCAUGGCUGCCUCUGAGCACUUACCAGAGCCAAGCAGUCUUGUCCGAACCUUUAUCGCUGAGUGUGCACGUCAAUCUCACAGAGCAGAGUUUGAAAAUAGAAUGGAGUGUCCAUAACCUGACUCAUCCGGAAUUACAGAUGGCUUUUCAGAUCGAAAUCAGUAGAAUUAACAAAUCCAAUGUCAUCUGGGUGGAGAACUACACCACCACUGCGCAGCAGAACCAGACCCUGCGCCGGAUGUGGAAAUCCGAGCUGCCUCUGGAAUGUGCCACGCACUUUGUAAGGAUACGGGGGAAGGAUGAAGAUCCUCGGAUGCUCCAGCGGAGGGUCUGGAGCAGCUGGAGCUCAUGGGUGAAGGCAGAGGCUCAGAGUUUGCUUGGACCAGAGCCGCUGCUCGUUUUCCCCAAAGAGAAGCAGGUGGAGGAGGGCUCCGAUGUCACCCUCUGCUACGUCUCCCGGCACCCCCAGAGUCAUGUAGUCUGUAAGUUGAAUGGCAUCCUGGUCCCCGGAGAGCAGCUGGACCCACACGUGUCCGUGGUCACCUUGAGGAGCAUUUCCUUUGUUUCGAAAACGGGGUCCAACUUCUUCUGCGAGGAAGACAGGAACCACACCCAACCGGGCCUCGCCAUCUUUGUCACCAAAGUGCUGGAGGAGCCCAAGGGCUUCUCCUGUGAGACCCGGGACUUGAAGACUCUGAACUGCACAUGGGACCCUGGGAGCAACAUUGACUCUUGGAAAUUCCCCUGCCAACGCUACACUUUAUUUGAAUCAUUUUCCGGGGGAAAAAAAUCCUGUAAAGACAAACACUGGUGUUCUUGGCAAGUAGACUCACAAGAAACAUACAACUUCACACUCCAGGCUGAAAACUGCUUCCGGAAGAGGAAUGUCACUCUCCUCUUCCAACUGGCGCACCGAGUUCACCCGAUGACUCCCUUUAAGGUAGCCCUGAAAAGCGUAAGCGCCACAAAUGCCAUCCUGACCUGGACGGUACAUCCCCUGAGGAAUAAUUUCACGCUUUUGUGUCAGGUGGAGCUCCACAGCGAAGGACGAGUGGUACAACAGCACAAUGUUUCCACCUGGGGGAACGGUCAGUACUCCUUCCGCGGCCUGGCCCCCGCCACAGAGUACACGGCCCGAGUGCGCUGCGCCGCAGCCCAGCACUUCUGGAAAUGGAGCAAGUGGGCCAACCAGGAGGAGUUCAGCACUCCCCAAGCUGCACCCUCCACAGCUCCUGAUGUCUGGAGAAGCGUGAGGCCGACGCUGGGAUCUUGUAACGUCACUUUAUUCUGGAAGCCACUGUCCAGGGCGCAGGCCCACGGGAAGAUCCAGUUUUACACCGUAGCCACGGAACGCCUGCACACACCCUCCAGCUCCCAGCUCUUUCCCAUCCCCGCUCCGGCCAACGGCACAGAACUCAGCCUCGACGGCUGCUCACACCGAAUCCGCGUCACGGCCAGCAACGGGGCAGGCACGUCCCCCGCGUCUGUGAUGGUCAUCGCCGGGGACCUGGGGGACCCCUGGAACCCCGGGAACCAAACAGCGGAGGUGAAAGAAGAAAGAGCUCAAGGCACAGGGGACGGAGUCUCCAUGUCCUGGAAGCCGCCACCUGGCGAUGUCCUUGGCUACGUGGUGGAAUGGUGUGACGGCCCCCGGGAGUCGCCCUGCGAUCUCCGGUGGGAAAGCCUGGGCCCCAAUGCCACCAGCACCGUCAUCAAGUCAGAUGCUUUCCGACCAGGGGUCAAAUACAACUUCAGGAUCUAUGGGAUUUCUCCGGAAAGGAUGGCCUAUUUGCUGGAGAGGAAGACAGGAUACUCCCAGGAACUAGCUCCUGCGGACAACCCUCGCGUGACCGUGAACAACCUGACCUCCCACUCCUUCACCCUGAGUUGGGAGGAUUACGCCGCCGACGCCCAGCCUGGCUUCAUCCGAGGCUACCGCGUCCACCUGCGAUCCCAGGCGGAGCAGUGCCUCCCGGGCUUCACGAAGGCGCUCCUCCCAGAUAACACCGCAUGCUGCAAACAUGACAUCGACAACCCAGAGCAAAAGACGUUUCUGGUGAAGAACCUGCAGCCAGAGUCCUUCUACGAGUUCCUGGUCACUCCGCACACGAGGGCCGGCGAGGGCCCUGCCCAGGCCUUCACCAAUGUCAUCACCACCCGUGACCAGCACCCCCGUGUUCUGAUCCGCAUCCUCCUCCCCAUGGUUUUCCCCCUCCUGUUCCUCACCAUCCUGUGCUACGUGAAGAGUCAGUGGAUUAAGGAGACGUGCUUUCCUGACAUUCCAGACCCGUACAAGAGCAGCGUCCUGUCCUUACUGAAGCCCAAGGAGAGCCCCCACCCGUCCAUCAUGAGUGUCCGUGACUGCGUCCCCGACGCGCUGGAGGUGGUGAACAAGGCGGCCAGGAGGUCGCUGGCAGAAGUGGAGUGCCCGAAGCACGACUACCUUCACCUCCUGCCCACCGGGAGCUCCGCGGGCCCGGGCCCCGGCAUCUGCUUCGAGAACCUGACCUACAACCAGGCAGCCCCCGGCGCUGGGCCCUGUGGCCCCUCUCCGGGGCAGGGAGGCCUGCUGGCCGCACCUGGGGGUUUGCUGAGGUCCCCGAGCUAUGUGAACUCCCCGGGGGGACCCCCAGCCGAAGAGGCCCCUCUGAAUUAUGUGUCCCAGGUGGCUCCCCCGACGUCUGGACACGAGGACAGCCCCCCAACACCCCUCCUGGAGCUCGCACCCCGCUCCGAGUACAGAACUCAAAUGGCCGUGCCCCCGGGCCUUGCCUCGCCCUCCCCGGAGGAGAAGAGCCAUCUCUGCGCCGUGAGCCUUCCGGACGCAGGCGGACACGGCCGCUAGCCGUCCGUCCCGGCCUCACCGGCACGCUGCUUCCCACGCCAGAGAAGCGUGGCCUGCCCCCCAUCGCCAGGCCCCGUGGGCAGACCAGUGGGCAGACAGACCACUGCCAUGGCGCCGGGUUUCCAAGCUCAGAGGCCACGAGGCUUCCUCCCCCCUCCAGCAGGCUUGCUGUGGGAACGCCCGCAUCCCGCCUGGUGGGCGCGGGCAGCGGCUUACCUGGCAGCUGCGUGGCCCAGGCUCGCCCUGUGGCCGCGCCCUGGCCCCCCGCGCAGGGCAGACCCCUCCUCGCAGUCCUGGGCAGCGUGGCUGCGGUCCUGGGAUCCUGCCUUUAAUGAGAAAGUUACAGAAGUUCCGCCCCCACGUGCCCUCACUUAAGGGAGGAGGAAGCAGACUGAGUCUUUAAUUGGAAAGGCCGCAGAGGUUUCUUUCCUAGAGCCAGUGUUUACCAAAGUCCGUGUUUCCUUAGUGUAGGCGGGCAGUGAAGAUGUCACAGGUGUCUGAGACCGGCCCAGCGUGGCCUUGUCUGGCAGUGACAACAACUGGCCGUGCAUGGGCACAGUGAAACCCUCCCGGGGGCACAGGGAGACCCUCCCGGGGGCACAGUGAGAGGGGGCAGUGAGACCCUCCCGGGGGCACAGGGAGACCCUUUCGGGGGCACAGUGAGACCCUUCCGGGGGCACAGGGAGACCCUCCCGGGGGCACAGGGAGACCCUCCCGGGGGCACAGUGAGAAUCCUCCCGGGGGCACAGUGAGAGGGGGCAGUGAGACCCUCCCGGGGGCACAGGGAGACCCUCCGGGGGGCACAGUGAGAGGGGGCAGUGAGACCCUCUCGGGGCACAGGGAGACCCUCCCGGGGCACAGGGAGACCCUCCCGGAGGCACAGAGAGACCCUCCCGGGGCACAGGGAGACCCUCCCGGGGGCACAGGGAGACCCUCCCGGGGGCACAGGGAGACCCUCCCGAAGGCACAGAGAGACCCUCCCGGGGCACAGGGAGACCCUCCCGGGGGCACAGGCCCUGGCUAACAGCUGAGACAGGGCACACAUCGGUAAGACCCCGCACCUGUCCUCUCACCACCGUCAGGGACUGGCAGGGGCUCCUGGUGUCAGGAUCUCAGCACGCCCACGUCGCGGACAAUGGCCUGCCACCGGGGCUUGUGGAUGACUACCUCAGGGAGGGGAAAGCUAGCCAUUGAGCAGUUCUGUUUCCUUGCCCUGGCUCCGCUUUUCUUUUAAGAACUGCCAGGUGUGUGGCCUGUUCCUUUAGCAUCCUUUGGCCUGAUCAGCAGGGGGUCAGGGCCACGGGCCCCGCCCUCUCAUCUCCCUAUUGUCUGCAUUAGUAAGGGGAGCGGCACGCUGGGCCCCGGAGGCAGAGCCAGCUCCUGGAGGCUCAGCAGCCCCUCUCCUUGAGCCUGUGUGUGCGCAGCAGCAUGCGGGUGCUCCGAGCUCCAGCUCCUUCCUCUGCCUCCUGCCUGCCAGCCGCAAUGUUGACUGGUCACGUUUCUAAACAAGCACACCUGGGGCUGCCUCUGGUACCCCAGGAGGUCGCUGGCAGAAGUGGAGCGCUCCACUCCGCAAGGGGGAGGAGAGGACCCACCUGGAGCCCGGGGGCUGUCAGCUGGCCGAGGCGCCUGCACACACCAGGGCUUCUGCGCGGCUCCGCAGCAGGCCCCUCGCAUGUGGCUAAGCCCUUUCCUAACGCCCUACCAACAAGCACCUCCGUUAGCAAUGUCGAGAGGACUUCGGGUUCAGUAUUGUCAUCGUUUACUCUCGUGUUCCCCUGUCAUACGUGAUUGUACAAGUCCACAGAAAUGUCAGGGACAGUGACGACUGACUUGCAAACUGUGUCUUUCCUAGAGAGUUUCUUAAGAAAUAAUGCAUGACCUGGAAGUCGUUUCGUUGUAACAAGCUCUCAUUAAAGGAUUUCACCACUGU